AUUUUAUUUUCUCAAGAAGAAAUAAAGCGCUGACUCCUUUUCAGCUUCUCCAAUCGCGGCCAACUUAGUCCCACUGAAGGAUGAACAGAGGGGGCGCUAUGGAGGCUGACGUCUUCCACAAUGCCAAAGAGGACGAGCACAUGGACGCUCAAACCUUCGCAGCGGGCAAGAUGAAGAUGAUCCAGCCAGAGUCCAUGAAGGACCCCAAACUGGACAAGCUGAAGGAGCAGGUUCUGCUGGAUUGGAUCAAUAAGAGUCUGAAAGCAGAGCACAUCGUGGUCCAGAGUGUGGAGGAGGAUCUCUACGAUGGCCUGGUCCUUCAUCACCUGCUGGCCAGGUUGGCCGGCGUCCACUUGACCUUGGAGGAGAUGGCUCUGACCUCCUCGGCUCAGAUCCACAAACUGGAAGCGGUCCUGGAGGAGUUGGACAAGAGACUGGACCAGCAGGACACCAAGUGGGACGUCAGCCUCAUACACAAGAAAGACCUCCUGGCUACUCUUCACCUGCUGGUUGCCAUGGUGACACGUUUCCAGCCUGAAGUGGAGCUGCCUUCAGACGUGAAGGUGCAAGUGGUGGUGCUGGAAGUGAGCAGGACAGGAAUCCGAUCUGAUGUUCAAACAGAAGUCCUGACAGAGGACAGUGGAUUCAACUCACAGGAAGUCAGCAACAGAAGAGAUAAUAAUGACCCCAUGGAGCAGCUGCUGAAGAUGGAGGUGAAGCAGGCCGUGCUUGACUUUGUAAACAAGACCAUGGCCAGCGUUGGACUGCAGGUGUUGGACUUGGACAAGCAGUUCUCUGAUGGCGUCAUUCUGCUGCUGCUCAUUGGACAGCUGGAAGGUUUCUUCAUUCCUCUCUCGGACUUCAGUCUGACCCCCCACAGCCAUGAAGACAUGCUCCACAAUGUCAGCUUGGCCUUGAACCUCCUGGCUGAUUUGGGCCUGCAGGUGUCCGCUGUUCAAGCACAAGAUGUGGUUUCUCAGGACGUGGCUGCCACCUUGAAGGUCCUCUACGCUCUCUUUAGCAAGCAUGGAGGAGGAUGCAAACAGGAAGUGGAAGGAAGAGCAUCAUGUGACCACAGCUGUCACUCAUAGUGUUACAGUAGUUCCACUCCACUCCUUCAGGGGGCAGUGAUGGGCACAUAGUAUAAAAUAGCAGCAGAAAAAUGAUCAACAAAUACCAAAAAAUGUGAAGAAUUGAAGAUACAUUAUAUUAUAUAUAUGUUAUAUGUUAUGCUUUUUUGGUAGAUUUUCUUUAUAGAUAUGAUUUCAAAUAUUUAAUACAUAAACAAUUUAAAGAUAUUUCUUCCGUUUUUGUGGAUUAUUUACAACAGACGUAAUUAUAUUUUUUGUUUUAACUACGUUUUUUUGUAGGUUUUUCACAAUCAAUGACUUAAGAUUUAUUUUUAUAUAUAUUAAUUAAAUAAGUGUAUUUUGCUGAAAAAAAUUGUUGCACACAUUUUCCAAAUUACUACAGAAUUGUAUUUUUUAUUCAAACUAUUUUGUUCUAUUGCAGAUUCUUUUUUUCGAUCAAGGAAAUUAAAAUUGUUCGUCUUUACUGGAGUAUUUUUCGCAGUUACACAUUUAAUUACAGAAACAAUGGAAUUAAAUAAAUAGAAAUGCGUCUUUUACAAGAUAUUUUUUUGUUGAGGGGUAUUUGGAUUAUUCCUUACGUUUUCCACAUUUACAACAUAAUAGUCUGUUUUAUUCAAACUACUUUGUUCUAAAUGUUGCAGCUUUCAUUAAAAAAUACAUUCAAUUAAAGAGGUCCAUCUUU